AUGAUUGGACAGAUAGUUAACACUGAGCCCCUCACUGGAAAGAAGGCCACAAAAGAUCAAGUGUUAAGCAGGCUCAACUCAGUUUCCUUAGUCCACAUCGCAGCUCAUGGUCGUGAAGAAACCGGUGAAAUUAUCUUGUCUCCUAAUCUCCCGGGUUCCGAUAGGCCCAAAGAGGAAGACUUUCUUUUGACGAGUGCAGAUGUAUUAAACGCCAAAUUGCGCGCCAAGCUUGUUGUGCUGAGCUGCUGUAACAGUGGGAGAGGGGUGAUCAAAUCAGAGGGCGUGGUUGGAAUUGCACGUACCUUUCUGGGAGCCGGUGCGCGUUCUGUUAUUGUUUCACUGUGGGCAAUUGACGACAAGGCCACUCCGGCGUUUAUGAAAGUCUUUUACGAACAUUUAGCGGCAGGGCAAAGCGCAAGUACGUCCCUCCACCAAGCCAUGAAAUGGAUGCGGAAGUCUAAACUUUUCAAGGCUGUGAAGCAGUGGGCGCCAUUUUUGCUGAUUGGCGAUGACGUGACAUUGACUCUGGGCCAACAAAGGUGA